AUGAUGGGCAAGAUCUUCGGAUCGCGAGAAAUGCGACUGCUUAUGCUAGGACUCGAUGCAGCAGGCAAGACAACAAUUCUGUACAAACUGAAACUCAAUCAAGAUGUGACCACGAUCCCUACCGUUGGCUUCAACGUCGAAACUGUGACGUACAAGAACGUCAAAUUCAAUGUGUGGGACGUCGGUGGUCAAGACAAGAUCCGUCCUCUGUGGAGGCACUAUUUUUCUGGCACGCAAGGUCUCAUUUUUGUGAUUGACUCGAAUGACCGAGCACGGAUAGAUGAAGCCCGACAAGAACUCCAUAGAAUCAUUUUGGACCGAGAAAUGAAGGAAGCUCUACUCCUGGUGUUCGCGAACAAACAGGACAUUCCAGGCUCGAUGACCCCAACCGAAGUCACGGAGAAGCUCCGACUCGGGCAACUCAAAGAACGCACCUGGUAUGUUGUCCCCAGUUGCGCAACUACGGGUGAGGGACUACUCGAAGGCUUGAGCUGGCUUUCGACAAACGUAAAGCAGCAACCACGACCGGCGCCUGCGAAGUGA